AUGAUCCGAGCUUUCUUUGACCCCACAACGCCGCUUCAACCCGUCCCUUCUUCUCCUCAAAAGCAGCACGCCUCUCCACACCUUAAUAUUGUUUACAAGAUGGACUCUGAACUGCGACUGUCAUCGCCGCGAUUAGGACCUUCUAUGCCGAUAAAUGACUCUAACUUACAGCUGGGUCAAUUUGACCCGGAAUCACAACACUUCGGCCCAUUCCGUCCCCCGACCGAAGCCGAAUCACAGCUCCAGAAUGCGACGCAUACGUUUAUUCGUCCUCGAUCAGACGAGCCAAACAACUUCGUCACCUCGUCUCCGUCCACACACCAAGGUCACCCUAGCAAUGGAGUUGGCUCGAACUUACAACCUCAAGGGCAAUCCUCCGAUGGCUUGCAUCAAUCACAAGGCUACAACAAUGGCGUCGGUCAUGCAGCGAAUAUGAGUGGGGCAUUGCAUCGCACUGCUAGUGGACCUAUGGCACCCCCAGCAUCGCUGUCCCGAAACGAGCUAGCAAUGGGAAACAACGCGCAUCAAGCUCAUAAUAACAGCUUAACGACGCUGCCGUCGCCGAGUCAACAGUUUCAAUCGGACUUUAUCGAGCUAGAUUCUGGCUCCGUGGAUCCGGGGGCCUUCACUGGGCCUGGAGAGCUGCAAGGCUUCAAAGUGGUCCCGAACCCUCCGCAUCUGGAUUAUUGGAGAGAUAGGUUGUUCAAUGUUGAUGAAAUGAUAACCUUGAGUGAAGAGGAGUAUGCAGACUCCAUUGUUGGGAUUAUUUCUACCAUCCAAGAAGCUGACUUGCACCUCCCGUGCUACAGAUUUCAAACCUAUUUCCCCCAUGUUGACAAUGUCUACUCUCAUCGUUCAACCCAGCGAUACAAGCGUAAACCCUUCGUCUCGCAUUAUUGGGACUGUCGACUCAAAGGAAGACCACCUGGAACCCCCAAGUCUGACGACCCAGAAAAGAAGAAACGCAAGCGUACAGCCAGAGAACGGGAUCUCUGCCAUGUCAAAAUCAAAGUCGUGGAAUACUUUCCAGUGUCUGAAACACCGGAUACGACCCAUGAAGUUGAGCCCUUGCCAUCUAACGUCUUACCUGGCAUGUACACCUUCUCUCUGAAUGAUGACCCCGCGAUCCGAAAUGUCCAAACAUUCGGUAUGCUCACUCCGAACCCUGGGCUGCCACCAAAUCAUCCCGGAUCAAAUGGCAGGAGAUAUUUCACUAUCCAGCGGGUGAAUGGCAAUGGUGCCAAUGGAAAGAAUGAUGGCGUGAGUGGCGGUCACCAGCAUACGCUUGAAGAGAGUGAUCGUGUCAAGAAGAGUAGUGUGCAACGAUACAUUCUGAAGGAAAAGAAAGAUAAAAGGACGAGAGCGGAUCGAGUCAUGUCUCGACCAGGACAAAAGUCAUACCAUACAAAAGCGACUGGUCUGGCCGCUGAAACUGCAAUCAAACACUCUACCGAUGUUAAUCUCAAGCUAUAUGGGAGCUGCUUCUGCCCCUUCGUGCAACGGGUAUGGAUUGCAUUGGAACUGAAAGGUAUCCCAUAUCAAUACAUCGAAGUGGAUCCGUACGAGAAGCCCCGGUCGCUGUUAGAGGUAAAUCCAAGAGGUCUUGUUCCAGCUUUGCGGCAUGACGACUGGGGAUGCUAUGAAAGCAACGUGUUGUUGGAAUAUCUAGAGGAUCUAGGUGUAGGGGCUGCAAUGCUUCCGGCGGACCCAAAGCUGCGCGCUCAUUGCCGGUUGUGGGCGGAUCAUGUCAAUCGGCAUAUCGUGCCAAGUUUCUACCGCAUACUACAAGAGCAGGAUCAACAGAAACAGAUCGAGAAGACACAGGAGCUGCGAGACGCGAUGGCGAAGCUGCUCGAAGUAGCACAUCCCAAGGGACCUUUCUUCAUGGGCCCGCAGAUGUCUCUUGUGGACGUUCAGGCUGCCCCGUGGAUUAUUCGGCUGCGACGAGUACUGAAGCCAUACCGAGGAUGGCCAGAUGCUGAAGAGGGAAGCAGGCUGGCCUCUUGGGUGAAUGCGAUCGAGACCAAUCAGCAUGUGCAGGCGACAACUAGCACGGAUGAGCUGUACCACGACAGCUAUGAGAGGUAUGCCCAGAACCGUCCAAACACAUCCCAGGUCGCAAAUGCAAUUAACGCAGGACGAGGCCUCCCGUAA